AUGGACAACGUCAACUUCGACAUCAACGAGGCGCUCAAGCUCUACAUGAGCGACCCUGCCACCAUCCCCACCGAGCAGGCAGAUGGCGCAUUGUUCGACUGCGAGAACGACCCAGAGAGCCUGACCAACGGCAUCAUCAACCCCGUCCUCAACCCCAUAAUCGACGCUGUCGCCGGGAACCCCGAUGCAAUCACUCGCAGCGCGCACUUCGACUCACUGCAGUUCCUUCUCAAGUGCGCCCCCAUUUCCCUUUCCCCCUCAACUUCCCUCAUCAGCACUGCGUCUGCGUCUGCGUCUUCGCGCUCCAAGCGGAAGAGCACGCGUCCUUUCGCAGAUACAUCCUGUACCGAUCCUACUCUAGAGCAGGCUCCAGACCCGGACCCGAAACCAGAUCUAUGUCCAGAUUUAGACCCAGAACCAGACCCAGACCCAGACCCAGGACGAGACCCAAGCAUACCUAUUGCAGCCCUGCAGGAACGUGUUUCUAAGCUUUUCCAACUCUCUAGAUAUACCUCAUUCCUUCCUACACAUGCGCUUUCCAAGGUCUUUGACCUGAUCACUUCCGGCUUGUCCACCGAGGCCGACAUCAUCCACAACGACCUCGAGUCCGACGAGCAGGACCUCCUCUCCCACCACAAACAGCUCCUCGAGAUCUAUGGCUUCCUUUUGCAAUGGACCAUCUCUUGCGUCGAGACCAAGGCAGCGGAGAAGUCGUCAACGGCACCUAUAGCUCGAGGCAGGAAACCCAAGGGCAAGAAGUCUGCCGCGGGAGACAAGGACGCCCACUGGGACAGUGCUGCUCAGCUACAGAUAGCCCUCGACACGAUGUGCAAGGUUCUGCGGUUGAAACUGGGCAAGAUCUUCUUGACAACAUCCGAACGAGACACCUUCAUCGGCCUGAUCACCCGUCCGGUCUACCUGAUCCUUGAGAGCGAGCAACGAAUCAAGAACACCACGAUCCGCAUGCACGCCUUCAAGGUGCUUUGUAUCGCCGUCAAGCACCACGGCCAUGGCUAUGCCGCACAAAUCUCGAUUGUCCAGAAUCUGACCUACUUCGAGCACCUGUCCGAGCCGAUGGCUGAGUUCCUACACAUCCUGGCAGAGCAAUACGACUACCCUCAGCUCGGGGAAGAAGUACUGCGUGAGCUCAGUAACAAGGAGUUCAACAGUAAUGACACCCGGGGCCCCAAGUCUGUCUCUACCUUCAUGGUCAAGUUGUCCGAGCUGGCACCGAGGCUGGUCAUUAAGCAAAUGACGAUGCUUGCUAAGCAGCUGGACAGCGAGUCUUACACACUUCGAUGCGCCCUCGUUGAGGUAUGCGGCAACAUGCUUGUCUACCUGAGUAAACAAGAAGAACGGGGAGAGAACUACAAGUCGCAGCUGAAUGCCUUCUUCGACGUCCUGGAGGAGCGAUUCCUCGACAUCAACCCCUAUUGUCGUUGUAGGGCGAUCCAGGUCUACGUGAAGCUCUGCGACCUCCAACAAAAAUUCCCCAAGAGGAGGCAGAAGGCGGCUGAGCUGGCGUGUCGAAGUCUCGAAGACAAAAGCAGCAACGUCAGAAGGAAUGCCAUCAAGCUGUUGGGAUGCCUCAUCAAGACACAUCCGUUUACUGUUAUGCAUGGUCACCAGCUGGCUCGGAAAGACUGGCAGGAUCGCCUCGACAAGGUCGACCAGGAGCUGGAUGCCUUGAAGCCCCCGGCCGGAGCACCUGACAUGGACAGCCAGGGCAGAGCUGAUGUCACCGUGGAUGAACAGCUGCUGGACGAGGCGACGCAAGUCGAGCCGUCCCCGCAAAAGAAUGACCCUGCCGAAAUGACCGAGGAAGAGAAGCUCGCUGCCAUCCAGAAAGUCCAGGCGGACGCUGCGACCUCGGAAGCCAUCGAGAAACUCACCCUGACCCGACGGUACUACACGGAAGCACUCAAGUUUAUCGAUGUCCUGCAUGAAGCAACUGGUACCGUCUGCCAGUUGCUUGGAUCCAAGAACAAGAGCGAGGUGAUCGAGGCCAUGGACUACUUCGAGGUUGGCGACGCCUACAACAUCGAGCAGAACAAAGUGGGCAUCCGCCGAAUGCUAAGAUUGAUCUGGACCAAGGGCAACAGUGACGAAGGCAAGGGCGUCCAGGCACAUCUUAUUGAGUGCUACAAGCGGCUGUUCUUUGAGGCCCCGGACUCAUUCAGUCCCAACGAUGCUGCCAAUUUUGUUGCGCGGAACAUGAUCAGUCUGACCUUUGGAGCUACGCCGGCAGAGCUGACAUCGCUCGAGCAGCUCCUCGCGACCAUGAUGAAGCAGGGUAUGAUCCCCGAUCUCGUCAUCUCGAAACUCUGGCAGGUCUACGGCGUGCAGAAACGUGAGAUCUCCAGGACGCAGAGGAGAGGUGCCAUCAUUGUGCUAGGCAUGUUGGCGACUGCUAGCCCUGAAAUCGUGGUCAGUGACAUGGAGACCAUGCUUCGCACCGGUCUUGGGCCGCAUGGGCGUGGUGAUCUUCAGCUCGCCAAAUAUACGUGCAUCGCGCUCCGUCGCUUGAAUCCUACUGGUCGACAGGCAAAGGAAUCCGGCGUGAAGUUUUCGCGACUUCCAAAUCAACACGCCGUCCUCCAAAAACUUGCUGCUAUCACAGAUGUUCCCUCCCAGAGCGAGGAAUGGUACGGCGUUGCUGAGCAGGCCAUCAAUGCGAUCUAUGCCAUCUCGAAGCAUCCCGAUGUGCUUUGCUCCGAGAUCAUCCGCCACAAGACGAAAGCAGUAUUUACUGGUCGCGCUCGGUCGAACUCCAACGACCGGCCUACGUCAAGAGACUCGCACAAAUCAUCACAAAGCAGACAAUCGGCCAAGAUCGAGGCGGAAGAAGGUGAGGACGGUAUCGGUGCUGAGCCUACUAUUAUGGCCCCAACGCAACAGCAGCCAGCCACGCAGCAGCCGGCCACGCAACCAGAGAAUGCAAAGGUGAAGCGCGACAACGCCAUUGCACUGUCUGAGCUUCUGUUUAUCGUGGGCCACGUAGCUAUCAAGCAGAUCGUUCACCUUGAGCUAUGCGAGCUGGACUUCAAGCGCCGCAAGCAAGAAAAGGAGAAGGCCGUUGCAGCUGAAAAGGCAGCCGAGGCCGAGUCGCGCCGCAACAGCAGGAACAACCGCGCAUCAACCAUAGGCACCGUGGCCGGCAAGGAUAAGGAUGAGCCUGAGGACGAACUGGACCUCAUUGGUGGCACGACCGAAGACGACUUCACCGAAGCCAUGCUGCAUAUCCGCGAGCGGGAGCUCCUCUAUGGCCCUGAAUCCCUCCUAGCCCUGUAUGGGCCACUUGUCAGCGAAAUCUGCGCGAACAAUACCAGAUACAAGGACAAGGGCCUGCAAGCGGCUGCCACAUUAUGUCUGGCUAAGCUGAUGUGCGUCAGCGCCGAGUAUUGUGAGGCCAACCUGCCUUUGCUGAUCACCAUUAUGGAGCGUUCCCCUGACGCGACUGUGAGGUCCAACGCUGUCAUCGCCCUGGGCGACAUGGCAGUCUGCUUCAAUCAUCUCAUCGACGAGAACACGGAUUUCUUAUACCGCCGACUUGCCGAUAAGGAGGCCUCGGUCAAGCGUACGUGUUUGAUGACGCUGACCUUCCUCAUCCUGGCUGGACAGGUGAAGGUGAAGGGUCAGCUGGGUGAGAUGGCUAAGUGCUUGGAGGAUGAGGACAAGCGCAUCGCAGACCUGGCUAGGAUGUUCUUCACAGAGUUGUCUACUAAAGACAACGCGGUGUACAACCACUUUGUUGAUAUGUUCUCGUUGCUGUCGGCCGAGAAAGCGCUCGCGGAAGAGAGCUUCAGGCGCAUUGUCAAGUUCCUGCUUGGGUUUGUGGAGAAGGACAAACAUGCCAAGCAGCUCGCGGACAAGCUGGCGGCCCGUCUGCCACGCUGCGAGUCAGAGCGCCAGUGGAACGAUGUCGCCUUCGCGCUUGGGCUGUUGCAGCACAAGAACGAGGAUAUCACCAAGCUGGUUUCGGAGGGCUUCAAGAUUGUUCAGGCGUCGGCCUAG